CAGUGUAUCCCGGCUCGCUUGACAGUGCUGGUGAGUGAUCCUCCCCGCCCAGCCCACAUCAUCAGCCCCUCAGGCUGCGCCAGGCGGUCGCCAACAAACAGCGGACUACCGGGGGAGUGUGUCGGCGCUGAGGAGGACACCGAGGCUGAGCCGAGCACACCACACUCAGCUGCCGGGGACUUCACACCAACACGGCUUUCCUUCUCGUUCUGGGGCUUUCCUCUUGUCAGCAAUGAAGUUGCCAGCCAGUCGCCCCUCCAGGAUGUAUGGAAACACUAACCCCUUCGUCCACGAACUGAGAUUCACCUUAACAGAGAAAAUUAAGAUAGGACUGAUGUCGGUGACGGUGUUCCCAGUGCGCCUGCUACUAGCGGCCUUCCUCAUGCUGCUUGCUUGGCCCUUCGCCUUCAUGGCUUCCCUGGGACGCUCUGAGUACACGAUGGAGCCGCAGUCAUGGUGGAGGAGACUGGUGGACCUGUCCCUCCGGGUGAUCAUGCGGGCCAUGUGGUUCUGUGGAGGGUUCCACUGGAUCAAGGUGAAAGGGGAGCGGGCGCUGCCUUCUGAAGCGCCCAUCCUCACACUAGCACCACAUUCUUCCUACUUCGAUGCCAUCCCAGUCACCAUGACCAUGUGCUCCAUAGUCACCAAACUGGAGAGCAAGAGCAUCCCUGUCUGGGGCACUCUGAUCAGCUACAUCAGGCCGGUGUUUGUGUUUCGCUCUGACCAGGACUCCAGAAGGAAAACUGUGGACGAGAUAAAGCGGAGAGCCCAUUCUGGAGGGGAGUGGCCUCAGAUCAUGAUUUUCCCCGAGGGAACAUGCACCAACAGAUCGGGUCUCAUCAUAUUCAAGCCUGGUGCUUUCAUACCAGCACUCCCCGUGCAGCCAGUGGUCUUGCGCUACCCGAACAAACUGGAUACUGUUACAUGGACGUGGCAAGGUCCUGGCGCAUUUAAGAUCCUGUGGCUCACCCUGUGCCAGCUACAUAAUCCUAUAGAGAUAGAGUACUUGCCUGUAUACACUCCUUCAGAGGAAGAGAGGAACAAUCCUGCCCUGUUUGCCAAUAAUGUCAGACAGCUUAUGGCAAAGGCGCUGAAGCUGCCACUCACAGACCUGUCUUUUGAUGACCGCCUGCUCACCCUAUCACAGGGUCCGCUGCGUAUCCCCAACAACAGCAGCCUGCUUGAGUUUAAUCGUCUGGUGUGCCGCUUAGGUCUGAGAGCAGGGAUUACAGACACUAAGCUAGAGGAGCUGGCCAAAAGAGCCAGAAAGCUGUGGGAUGACAGGCUGGGUUUGGAGGACUUUGCCCAGUACCUCAACCUUCCUGUUUCUGACACCCUCACACAAGUCCACAGCUUCUUUGACCAGAAUGCAGAUGGGCAGAUAGACAUGAGGCAGUAUGUUGUCGCUCUGUCUUCUGUGUGUCGGCCAUCAAAGGCUAUGGAGACCCUCCAGCUGGCCUUCAAGAUGUAUGGAGACGAGGAAAAAGGGGAGGUCCAUGAAGAUGACCUGGCCAUCAUCUUGGAAUCCAUGUUGGGAUUUGGCCGGGUGGAACUCUCUUUACUCUUCUUGAGUUUUGAGUCACCCACCAAAGAGAAAAUCACAUUUGAUGAACUCCAUAAUUUUAUCAAGCAGAAACCUUAUUUUACCCAGGAUUACCUUCAAUUCCUCGACUUCCCCCGCAGCACCUGCCUCGGCUGGCGUUACAGCAACAACUGCCAGACCAAAGAGAAAGACAACUGAAAGAUGGAUCAGAGGUUUUCACGACCCCAUCUGCUUGUUCUGUCUGUCUAACGGCUUCCUCUCGUACUGCAGCUCUUCUACCACCUGUGUGCCUUUAUUUAAGUCAGGGUGAUGUGGUCAGGGGGCAAGAGCUGGGAAGGAAACAGGAAUAGAGGACUCUGGAUGGAAGAAGAGUAAAAGAGGAGAUAGUAGAUGUUAGGGUGAAGUGGUGAAACACGGGUAUGAUGAGAAAAUUAAUAGAAGACAUAUGGAGAGACUUUAUGUGCAUGAAGGAAUUAAUCAGGGACUACUUCGCCUGUCUAGAUUUUCUUCUUAGCUCUUUGUUUUUGUUUUUUUUUUUUCUUGUGAGACUACAAGAUGAUUUAAAGAGGCAUGGUAUAUUUUUUUUUAAUGCUCUCCUGAUAUCUUGGGUAUUUAUUUGAAGGUGAUUUUCUUAAGUGUAACGUAUCAAUAUUUAUUUUAUCAGUCAAAAAAAAAAAAAAAUAGAGCUCUCUUGUCGUCAGAUUGUGCUCAAGAUGUUGUCGGUCAGGGGACUGAACAUCAACAGAGGUCAGCAUUGCAUUCUACCAAUAACAAUCACUUAUACAUAGCUUUUUAAGACUUCAUUGGUAAAAACAUGAGUUUGCAUUUCCCAUGCCUUUAAAAUAGCAAGUAAAGGCCACAUUUCAAUAAAAAGUACUUAUCAAAGAGAGGUCCAGCUGCCAGACUGAUGUUGCAUUCAAGGCUUGGUUGUUUUCAUACCAGCUCUCUCACUGCCUUUGAAGUAUGAGCCAAGAUACCUUACAAAAAGACCUAAGUGUUUAUCAGGGUGACAAGACAGGAACCAAAUUUUAAUCAAUCGGCUCAGGCAGUUGCUGCCAGAAUGACAUUUAUCAUGUUUUGAUGAUAGGAUGAUGAAGACUGUUUUUAGCUGUGAACUGCCUCUUGUCACCGUUCAGAAACACUUACAGUAUUGUUUGCAGUUUUCCGCUGGCGGUUCGAUGACUGAGAAGAACAGUGCUGUUUUAGCUCUGUGUAAAUGUCAGCACUUUCUUCCAGGAAAGGCUUUCAUCCAAGGGCAUAUUUUCUCUUAUCAGGUAAAAGUUGCCCCAGACUGAUUUUAAACUUAAAGACCAAAUACAACACAUAGGAGCACUUCCACUACCGCUUUUCUGGAUCAACAAACCUUCCCUGAAAACACAGAGUAUCCACAAAUCUUAAAUUUACUGCGCUUCUGUAUCUCUCUUCAUGGUUAUUGUUUAAGUAGUCAUCUCAGAUGGUUUACGCUUGACUUACAGAUUUUGUACAUUUGCGACUGUAAUGUUCUAGUAAUAUUUGUAAGUAUUUCUUUCUCAGCAAUUCAGAUUGAAUGCAGAUGUACACAACCAAACCUCCCUGCCUUUAUUUUGCAAAUAAAAAGCUUUAAUUUA